AUUUGUGGAGCCGCCUCUGUGCGCGGGGCAGGCAGGCACGUGACGGUGACUCGCUCGGCUGCAGUCAGCUGAUAAAAGUGCUCUGUUUAUCCACAACAAGCUGAAGAAGUGCGCAGUCAUUGUGUGCCUGUAGUUCUGAAUCUGGUCCAAAAUGAAGAGCUUGUUUCUGUGCGUGUUGGCCGUGCUGGCUGUGACUAACGACGCCGUGGUUCGAAUUCCUCUGAAGAAGUUCCGUUCAAUCAGACGAGAGCUGACGGACUCGGGGAGAAGAGUCGAGGAGAUUCUGCUCAACAAACACUCCCUUAAGUACAACCUGGGCUUCCCCUCCAGUAACAGCCCCACUCCAGAAACUCUCAAGAACUACCUCGAUGCUCAGUAUUAUGGAGAGAUCGGUUUGGGCUCUCCACCUCAGCUCUUCACGGUGGUGUUUGACACGGGCUCGUCCAACCUGUGGGUUCCUUCUGUUCACUGCUCCCUGCUGGACAUCGCGUGCUUGCUUCACCACAAAUACAACGCUGCUAAAUCCAGUACGUACGUGAAGAACGGCACCUCCUUCGCCAUCCAGUACGGAUCUGGCAGUUUGUCGGGAUACCUCAGUCAGGAUACGUGCACUAUAGGUGAUAUUUCUGUGACGAACCAGAUCUUCGGUGAAGCCAUCAAACAGCCUGGUGUAACCUUCAUCGCAGCAAAGUUUGAUGGGAUCCUUGGCAUGGCUUACCCCAGGAUCUCUGUGGACGGGGUGGUUCCAGUGUUUGAUAACAUCAUGAGCCAGAAGAAAGUGGAUAAGAACAUCUUCUCUUUCUACCUAAACAGGAACCCUGAGACUCAGCCCGGCGGGGAACUGCUGCUGGGAGGAACUGACCCCAAAUACUACAGCGGUGACUUCCACUACGUCAACAUCACCCGCCAGGCCUACUGGCAGAUCCA